AGUGCGGCGCUGCAGCGCAUUCGCAUGCCACAGAUAUGCACCUGAUAAUUUUUUUACAUUUUUCCUAUUAGAGAAAGUCCAUAAACGCACACCGAUAAUUGAUACUAACAACAAUCUAAUUUUCUAUGUUACUGAUUCAGAUUUGUAGAGUUUACUCUUUGAGAAUAAACUAUUGUUGUUUUAAAACAAAAUCACGGAUGCGCGCGUAAACAGCAGACGAUUUCCACCGUUUGAAGCAAUUUUAGUAGGUAUUAUUAAGUGGGUGUUUUGCUUUGAUAAUCGCAAAGCAUAUUCAGAUCGAUGCGGAAACUAUUCAAGAAGUUGUGGAUUCGUUUCUUACUGCUAAGUUUCAUCACAAUUUUCGCCAAGACUGACUCCAGGAGUUAAAGGUUAAGUGGCUGCCUACUUAUCAGUAUGAAAGAAAACAAGAAGAAACCCGCGCAAAGUUCACGCAUUUUUAUUAUAAUAUGGGGCUUCGUUAUGCACAUAAUAUUCCUUUGGGGUGUAAUGGAUGCAAAUUUUCAUUCACCAAUUAUACAAGGACUACCUGUUGUUCCAAUGCCCAGUGGCUCACCAGCGAAGAGAAUUCUUGUUUUUGUUGCUGAUGGGCUACGCUUUAGAACAUUUAAGAGUUUCACUCCACCGUACUUAAAUUCUAUUAUAAAAAAGGGAGGUGUUUGGGGAAUAUCACAUACGAGAAUGCCAACCGAGUCAAGACCUGGGAAUAUUGCAAUAGUGGCAGGAUUAUAUGAAGAUCCCAGUGCAUUGUUCAAGGGAUGGAAGGAAAAUCCAGUGGAUUUUGAUUCAGUUUUCAAUCAAAGCCGUGCCUCUUGGCUCUGGGGUAGUCCUGAUAUCAUUCCAAUAUUUACAAAAGGAAAUAAUCAUAACAUACAUGGAGCAAGUUAUCCUGCUAGUUGGCAGGAUUUCAGUAAUGAACCAGGUGCUACAAAACGGUUAGAUGACUGGGUUUUUCAGGAAUACUCUAAAUGGUUGGCAAAUGAAGCACCUGCUUAUAAGACUGAGGAUAAGAUUAUAUUUUACUUUCAUUUACUUGGCUGUGAUACAGCUGGUCAUGCUGCCAAACCACAAUCAAAACAGUAUGUGGACACAAUGAUUCAAUUGGAUCGUAAUAUAAAAAAGGUUGUGGAUAAUACAGAAAAUUACUUUGGUAAACAUACCACUGCCUACAUUUUUACAUCCGACCAUGGAAUGACUGAUUGGGGUUCCCAUGGCAGUGGCUCAACAGAUGAAACUGAAACACCAUUUGUUGCAUGGGGUGCUGGAAUUGCAAAAGACUCCAAUACCAUUGAUAUUAAACAAGCUGAUAUCACGCCUCUCAUUUCGGCUCUAGUUGGCAUACCUGUUCCUGUUAAUAAUGAAGGUGUACUGCAUCACGAAUUAUUGGAUCCCAAAAAUGAUGAGUUUAUAGCAAAUGCUCUGCUCACUAAUGCUAAACAGCUUGCUGAACAAAUCAAAGCCAAUCGCGAAUUAACCACUGGUAGAAGUAUAGUCAAUCAAUUUUACAAAGAUAAAGAGUAUCAUGAAAAACUUGCAAGAGCUGAGAGAAUACUCGACAAAGGCGCGACGGAAAAGUCUAUUACAGAACUCGAAUAUGUAACCAAAUUAUCCGAAGAAGUACUAACGUACUAUCGGCGCUAUCAAACGGAUAGGUUUUUAUUUUGCUUAAUGCUCAUGUGGGUUGGCUGGAUCGCACUUUUGUUCGUUGAUUUGUCCGGUUUACCACGUCGGACUAUCCAGUUGGGAUGUUAUUCUUGGAUGUUGUUAGCUAAUAUUGCUCUGGGAGUAGCCAGCAUUCCAUUGUUCAUUGAAUAUGCCGUUGCAGGUUGUAAGGAAUGGCGAUUAUUUGGCUAUGGUAUGAUAUGCGUAAUAUCACUAUGGCUUGCAUUUAGAGGAAUUAUUAAAAAAGGACCAACUCUGGAAAUAGACUCUAAUAAACCAUUCAUCGAGGCCUUAGGCAUUGUGUUUUUGACUUUUAUGAUGUUUGUUGGCUUGAUAUACAGAUGGACUUUUAGUAUUAGUAUGCUUGUAGCAGUUGGCCUACAAAAGCUUAUAUUUGAUAGAAAUGCACCAUCUUGGUUGCUGAUAACUGGAGCUGCCUUAGUAGUUUUUCCACUGUUACCUGUUGUGGGACCACAACCUAGAGUAUAUAUAGUAUUAAUCGCAUUAGGCGUCAGCAUAGUUCCUAUAAUAAGAAAACGAAGAAUUCACAAUUACAACAAAGUAAUUGAAGUCAUACGCAUAAUUUUAACGUCGCUUCUGUGCUUGAACGUCAUUGACGGAAGAGCCUGGUUAUCCUGGCUCUUGCUCUUAAGUACACCGCUAGUCAUUUCGCUUUACCCCAAAGAUUGGAACCAAAGGAUUUUUGGAGUCACGGUAGCUCUACUCAGUCCGCUCGCUCUUUUAUCCGCUUCCUACGAGCCGAUAUUCUUCUUGAUUUUCGCAACACACAUACAACAUUGGCCGACUUUUGAGUUUUCGCAGAAAUCGGAGUCCGGAUUGAGGGUUCUGAGGCUCCGCAAUUUCAGCACUGCGGCUUUUCUCAUGCUGUACACAUUGUUGUGUUUUUUCGGAACCGGAAACAUGGCAAGCUUGAGCUCGUUCGAUCCUUCAUGGACUCGUCACUUCCUCACAGUCUUCUCGCCGUUCACCAUGGCAUCCCUCAUACUUCUCAAGUUCGUCAUACCUUUAAUCCUGGUUGGCUGUUUGAUCCGUGCCUUGGCUCCAGAUUCUACUAUUUUUUCCGCCGUCCUUUUACUGGGCGAUUGCCUCGCUAUACCACUCAUGUACGGUGUGACUAAUCAAGGCAGCUGGUUAGACAUUGGUAGCGCGAUCAGCAGGUUCGCCAUAGCUAUUGUUCUGCCCUGCCUAUUGCUGCUGGUAUUUUAUCUCACGCAGCCGUUCACUACGUUUAGCCUGCAGGACUUCUUGAGACGCAGAGCGAUAAAAAAUCAGAGACUUAAAAUUUGAAGAUUUUUGGUCAGGUGGCUUUUAUGUAUUAGAAUGAAUGACUGUAGAUAAGUCGAUAGAUCGUACGAAUUUAUCACAAUGUUUGCUCGUUUCGAGUAUACAGAGAUAUAUCAUCUAUGUAAAAAGAAAAUAUUCAAGUUAAAGAUUUUAUACCAACAAGUAUCUUUAUAUAAUAGAUAAAAUUGUCAGUAACACAAAUAUAUACAAAGAUUUAUAUAUUUUCUAAAGGUUUUAUACAACUUAAAGCCUUUCUGAUGUUUGUGAAAUAAUAAUGAUUAGAUAAAGAAAAAAGAUUCGACACCUUGUCGAUAUAGAGAAAAUAUACUGUUAAUGACGCAAAUGA